AUGCCUCGAAUACCUGGAGUUGUUGAUCAAGCUUGUGAUUCGUGUCGAAUUAAGAAACUUAGAUGUUCGAAAGAAAAUCCAAAGUGUGCAAAAUGUCUAAAGAAUAAAUGGGAGUGUUGUUAUUCGCCCAGAAAGAGGAGAUCUCCGUUAACAAGAGCUCAUUUGACUGAAGUUGAAGAUAGGUUAUCGAAAUUUGAACAGUUAUUUUAUGAAUUCUUUCCAAAUAUCAACUUGGACAAUACUUUGAACUUAAAUAAUGCUACAGAAAUGAAAAAAAUUUUGCUGGAUAAUUCGGUGGAUUUCAUCAAAGAUUUUAAAAAUGUUAAAAAAACUGACGAAAGUGAAGAUAAUGAUGGUCCUAAUGCAGACGACUCUCACGAUGAAAAUGAUGAUAAUGAUAAUGAUAAUGACAGACCUAAUGAUGAUAUUGAUGAUAAUGACACCCAACGUAAUAAUACUAAGAAUAUAAAUGAUACUAUAAACGAUAGUGUUGCAAAAUGUAAUAAUAAAAUGAAAAUGUACACAUAUAAUAAUAGUUAUGAUGAUGAUGAUAAUAAUAAUAAUAAAAGAGCAAGAGAUACUUCUAACUCUUCGCCAGCUUUUGAAAUAAAUGGAUAUGGGAAGAAGAAAAAUAAAAUGGUAACAGUUAAGAAAGAACCAUCUAUUAAAGACUCUAAUAAGAUAUUGGAUUCUAAUUCAAUAAUAUAUGAAGAUUAUUCCAUUCUGGAAAAAAAUACACCAAAUGAUCAUUUGAGAGGCUUUGACUGGUCCGAAGAUAUUUCGGUAAAACCAGCAGAUGAUCCUAUAGCAUUUUUGCUUGCAGAUGUUAAUAAUUGUGGAUUUUUUGGUACUUCUUCUCAAUAUUCGUUGUUAAGAAGUAUAAUAGAAAGCAAAAAUAUAAACAUAAACAAACUAUUUAAUGUUAAUGUUUGUCAAACAAAAAAAUAUACAGGGCCAAAACCUCUAACUACUAAAAAUGCACUGACUUCAAGAAAUGUAACAGCUGAGUAUCUAGACUCAUAUUUUUCAAACUUCCAUGUUCACUUCCCAAUAGUGUCGAAGGAAUCGAUGAUGUCUAUCUAUAAUAAUGAAUUUGAUGUAACCGAUAAAGAUGAAUGGCAAGCUUUAUUUAAUGCAAUAUUGGCAAUAGGGUCAUGGUGUAUUAAUGGGGAUUCAGUAGAUAUUGACUAUUUCUAUUAUCAAAAUGCAAUUCUAAAAUUAAAGAAUACCAUUUUUACAUCAGGCUCUUUUACUCUAGUGAUAAAUUUUUACUUAUUAUCCAAGUAUGCACAAUUAAAAAUGAAAUUUAACACAUCUUAUGUGUUUAUUGGGCAUGCUGUAAGUUUAGCUCUUUCUUUAGGUUUAAAUAAAGAGAUAUCAGAAAAAGUAAAGGAUUCGGGUACAAAAGAACAAAGAAGAAGAAUUUGGUGGUUAAUUUAUAUUCAAGAAUUCCAAUUAUCAUUAUUAUUAGAUAGACCUACUCAACUUGGACAUUGUGAAACCAAUGUUUUCAACAUUUCUUUGCCAUCAUCUCUAGAUAAUUCACUCCAACAUACAACACAUCCGACAAUGUAUAUAUUGUGUAUUGAAGAAACAAGAUUAGUAAAAACGUUUUUGAGAAGGGGGGAUAAUAGUAACAAAACAUAUCAUGAUAUUACAAGUUCAAAGUGUUUACAAGUCUGUGAUGAGAUUGAAAAAUGGGCCAAAAAUAGACCAAAGUACUUACAAACAGAUAUAUCAGCAUCGGCAUUAGCAAAUUAUCUACAAGAAUAUCCUUGGUUAGCGUUUACAAGAUUUUUAUUGAUGUGGCAAAAGGAAUACCUCAUUAUUUUUAUUCUACAGCAAUUCUUUUCAACAAAGAAGAAUAAAAUAUCUGAAAGUGAUGAUAACAAAUAUGAAAUUCAAAAAUGUGUUACGCUAUUAUUUGAUACACUUCAAAGAAUAAUCAUGUCAGUUAAUAACUUUAUCAAUAACCAUCCCAUAAAUGCUUUAUUUGCAUGGUAUUGUUCAUUUUAUUUAUCCAAUGCUGCAAUUGUGUUAAUAUCAUUUUGUAUUCAUAAUCCAACUUCCACAUACAAAAGCAAUUUAAUGAUUAGUUUAAAAACUGUCAUUGAAGUGUAUGAGAAGUUACAGAAAGAGAAAUUAAUAGACUGUGAGCCAUUUAUUAAAAUCAUCACUGUGAUUUAUAAAGAUGAUAUAAAUGCGAGUGUAGGAACACCUGUUACGGAAUCUCUACCUGUUGAGUUGGAAGAUCUGAGAUCAAAUCUAUCCAGGGAACAGCAAAAGAUAGUUGCUACUCCUCAGAUGUUCCCGUUUGAUGCUUCAGUAACAUUCCCAAAAUCUGUAUCUGUUCCGAGUGCAGAUUUUAAUAAAUCAAAUAGUUUCAUGGAUCUAAUGAAGCUAUUAUCAAAUGAUGGAAAUUAUAAUGGUAAUACUAAUAAUACUACACUUUUUCGCCAAGGUCCCCAAAGUAAUUUUAAUUUGACACCAAAAUUUUCCAAUCCUCAUAUGCAACAAUUCCCUAUUCAAUUUUCACCACUUCUUCAACAAUUUCCUACUCAAUCUCAGUUUCAAUUUCAAAUGCCAUAUCAAUUACCAUCACAGAAUCUAUCUGAGGCAGUUCAUUCUUUAAAUCAGAAAUCUAUUACAUCUCAGCAGAAACAAUAUCAAUCUAUUGAGCAACCUAUAAUUCAAAGUGCUACACUAUUGCCAAAUCAAAAUAUCCAAACGCAAAAUACGCAAUCAUUGGUACCAGCAUCACCUCAAUUUCUCAAUUCAAUGGACCUUAAUCAAGUUUACCUAAAUGGUUCAUAUAAUGCAAAUACAAACAAUGCAUCAUCAGAAAAUAUUGUAAAUGGUGCUUUGAAAAAGGAAGACUUAGCUAAGCUUAACGAUCAAACAGCACUGAAUGCAUUUAAUUUGCAGCCAAUGUUCAAUACCACGACUAUGGAUGAUGUAUAUAAUUAUCUUUUUGAUGAUUAA